AUCGCGCAACCGGUGUUGAUGUAAAAAUUGUAUGCAGAUAUCUUUUGAGCUGCUUUGGGUUAACUCGAACAAACGUAAAGAAUCGGCUCAGCUAGUUAUCCGGAGGGUUGUGUUUUUGUUUUGCGUGGAAGUGUGUUGUUUAGUUUUCCGGUAAAACCGAUCGAGAUCGAGAAACUGGGUGAAUCGAUCGAAUUGGCUGGCAAUUUUCGAUCCGGCACCGAAUGGGUUCUAGCCAGUUUAAAACUAUAUCGAACGCAAAGACAGAAAAACCAGUUUCUGGCCCACAAGAAGAAUACCUGAUAAUAACUCGGGGUGACACCCGGGGUUUUUCGCAAAUCCAGAGUUCGGUUCCAGUUCGGUUCUUUUAAAACAUCUGCACAAAACCCCCAAUCGGUUCAGUUUCAUCCCAGCAACUGGAGGAGCUGCAUAAAAAAGCCUUAACUGCUUACAGAUGUGAACAUGGUGAACUUAACAUCACGGCACUCGGAGAGCAGUUCGAUAGGGACGAGAAAGUUGCUUAGACCCUCAAACCCGGGAUCGGAUUCAGAACCACAGACAAUCACGUCACUAACCCGGAAGUAUCCAGACUUCCAGCGACGGACACUCAAAACGGUAAACCGAUGGUUGGACAGUAAACGGCUAGACGAUGGAGCCGAGGGCUUGUGGCGGGUUCACGAUACGUUGUACGAUUUGGAGUCCUUCGCGGGGCAACAUCCCGGGGGAGCCGAAUGGAUUCGGUUGACAAAGGGAACUGACAUAACGGAAGCAUUCGAAACGCAUCACAUCAGCGCACGUCCAGAGCAAUGGCUAGCGAAGUUCAAAGUUCGGCCGGCGCAGAGCCCUCGGAACAUCCGGUUAACUUUCGCGGAAAAUGGAUUUUACAGGACGCUAAAAAAACGGGUCCGUCAAAAGUUGAGCACAAUCGAUACUAAACCUGCUAGGCGAUCGAAAUUGAUUUUCGACACACUGCUGGCAAGUUCGUUUACAUUAGCUGUGAUGGCUAUCAAUUUCAGUAGUUACGGGCUGGCCACGCUGAGUGGACUUUUUAUAGCUUGGACGAUGAUUUGUUCCCACAAUUUCCUCCAUCGAAGAGACAAUUGGAGGAUGCUGAUGUUGAAUUUGACAUUCUUCAGUUAUCGUGAAUGGAGAGUAUCUCACGCAUUGUCACACCAUAUGUUUCCAAACUCUAUUCUGGAUUUGGAAAUAUCCUUUUUCGAGCCUUUUCUAUGCUGGCUUCCUCGAAGCUCUCGGAAAAAUGUUCUCCAGCGCUUUGGAUCGUGGUUUUAUGGACCGUUUAUUUAUAUGGCAAUGAGCAUAAGCGAGUUCAUUAAAAGAUUUACCGAGACAGCUUCGACUGGGAAGAACUAUUUCCACGUCGACGAUUUGAUUACUCUCCUACUGCCAUCAGCAAUGUACGUGUUUAGUUUCGAAAGUUUGGUUGCCGUUCUAAAUAUGUGGCUGUUCAUCGUUAUGAUAGCCAGUUUGUGCUUCGGAGCCAUCGGCCUGAAUGCAGCUCACCAUCAUCCGGAUAUCGUACAUUGGGGCGAUCGAAUUCCACCGGAAGUGGACUUUGGCGUGUAUCAGAUGGCGGCCAUUAUCGAUCGAUCGGACGUUAAAGGCUCGCAGUUCAAGGCCCUGACCAGUUUCGGGGAUCACAGUCUGCAUCACCUGUUUCCAACGUUGGACCACGGAAUUCUACCGGCAUUGUAUCCGGUAUUUUUGGAAACGUGUCGUGAGUUCGAGGUGCAAUAUCGAGAAAUUUCCUGGUGGCAGAUGAUAAUUGGUCAGCAUCAGCAGUUGGCUCGCGUAGAACAGAAAUCACUGAUAAGGGAAGCGAUAAGUCAGAUCUCAAAUUGAAUAUUUUUUUAUUACAGGGAGGAACAAUGCAUUUAAACUAGGUAUUUAUAAUACAUGAUUUAUAUUGGAUAGAAGUGUUUUUUUUUUGCUUUCCUCUAAAUCUGUUGCGUAAUUUCUUGUGAAGAAAAGAGGCGUGUCAAUAAAAUUACCAAAACAAGUCAUUCGGAAACUUUUAUGUCAUG